AUGGUCAAGAAGCUCGUCGCGCUUGGCGUGGCGCUGGCGUUGCUAGCGCUGCUGGAGCCGGCGGUCGCCGGCGUCAAGUUCACCGACGAGGACCUCAAGUCCGAGGAGUCCCUGUGGCGCCUCUACGAGCGAUGGGGCGCGCGCUACAACGUGACGCGCCACCCCGUCGACAAGCUGCGCCGGUUCGCCUUCUUCAAGGACUCGGCGCGGCACGUCCAUCUCCAUGCGACAGCAGCAGGCCAGGCGCCGGGGCUGAACGGCUUCGCCGACCUCACCAACGACGAGUUCAACCGCUACUACAAGUGCAACAUGCUGGAGGCCGGCGCUCGGCGCACUUUGCCCGUGAGGAGGCGCGGCGACGGGUCCCUCCCUCUCCCCAUCUCCAUCGACUGGCGCAUUAAGAGCUGUGGCACAGGCCCGUGCCUCAGUCCGGUCAAGUCCCAGGGCGUCUGCGGCUCCUGCUGGGCAUUCACCGCGACGGGGGCGAUGGAGAGCCACUACACCAUCCAAGGGGCCAAGGACAACCGGGGCCUGGUUGACCUGUCGGAGCAGGAGCUCGUCGACUGCGACACCCACAGCAUCGGCUGCAAAGGCGGCGAAGUCGACUAUGCCUUCGACUACAUCAUCGCCAAGCAGGGCCUGGCGUCGUUGGCCUCCUACCCGUACACGGCAACGAAUGGCACAUGCCAGGCCGCCGGCAAACCGCGCGUGGAUCUCCUCCUCCGGGUGUACGAGACGGUGCCCGCCAACGACGAGUUUCAGAUGCUGCAGGCCGUCACCUACGGGCCCGUCGGGGUGUCAAUCGCCGUCGGACCAAACAACCUCGAGUUCAGAUACUACGACGGUGGCAUCUACUCGGGGCCGUGCGGAGUGGCGAAUGAUCAUGCCAUCCUGCUCGUCGGCUACGAGAGCAACCUCUACGUUCUGAAGAAUUCGUACGGAGAGCGCUGGGGGGACGACGGCUACAUGUACCUCAAGCGCGAUCACGGGAAAA